AUGAAAAAAAAUUCUGGUAAGACAGGGUGUUUGCUCAGGUAAUGCAAUGGCUUCUGGAAGAACCAAUUGUUCCACGAGCUCGACUACCAGCGAUGCAUUGCACCUCCAACAGACAGGACAUUCCACAGUGCUUCUUGGGCUGCCAGAAAGAUCGUCCUUCAAGUGUCAACACAGCAUAGCCAAGAGCAUAACAGCCGACCUGCAGGGGCAUGGCAAGAGUGGGAUCCACGGCACUCAGUCGAAGCAUCAUAGGAGGCGAAGUGGGUCGGUAUGCAUCGACAACGUCAACUGGCAGGCAAUUCAGGUUGGGGUCCGGAAAUUCCCCGAGAGUGCGGACGUGCCCAUUGCCAGCAUUUGUCACCGCAGAAUCGCUGCCACAUCAGGGACCACAGUUACGACAUGGGCCGCGACGGGUGCGGCAAAAGGAGUGGCCAAACGGGAGACGGUCGAUGCUAAGCCCUGUUCGGACCGAGGAUUAGGUACGGGAGACAGGGCCAGGAAGUCGGGAGGCAGUCCCAAAGACAAGGUUGGAGCUGAGAAAGUGGAACUCGAUGGACACCAUCCGAGCCAAUCAAGCAGGCAAAUGCAUUGUAGUGCGCAUCCAGGAAUCUUCAACGUGCGCUGA